AGAGCAUGUAACGCUUAGCCCAGCAUGAGCAAUGAUCACGUCACAAUGCCUUCGGCUUCGUCCUACGAGUUGCUGAACACCGAUGAGGCUCGGGUAUAAAAGACUCUUGAGGUAGAAGGAGCUGCCAGCAUCUACUCCAGCAAAGCCGUGAAAAUGACUGCCACACAAGCUCAGACACAGACGCGGCACGACUCGCAUGUCAAGGGAUCCAUCGCUCUUCGAGCCCAUCCUACUCCUCUACAAAGGAACGGUUCGCUGAACAAGUACGAGUCAUUUGACGUGACUCCGGUCAUUGGUUCAGAAUACAAGGACAUCCAGUUGUCUGAUAUCCUAAAUUCGGCCGACAAGGAUGUGUUGUUGAAGGAUUUGGCUGUACAAGUCUCUCAACGAGGGGUAGUGUUUUUCCGGGGUCAAGACAUAACUGCAGAGCAAGAGAAGGAACUGGUCGAUGCUCUCGGUGUAUUAACCGGAAAACCAAGUACAUCCACCUUGCAUAUCCACCCUACAACAGAAGAUACAUCCCCCAAAGGCGAUCAGAUCAGCAUCAUCACUAGCAAGAGGCAGUCUGAGUACAGUCGUGGGGAUCGCUCAAAGCUAGCGUCCGUUGGCUGGCACGCGGAUAUCACCUUCGAACCUGUCCCGAGCGAUUAUGCGAUAUUGAAGAUUCACACAAACCCCGACGCGGGUGGCGGAGACACACUCUGGGCAAGCGGAUACGAAGUCUACUCACGCCUUUCACCCCCCUUCGCAAAGUACCUUGAAGGUCUCGAGGCCCUGCAUGAGGCUUCUUUCUUCAAAGACGCAGCCAAGAACUACGGCAUAGACUUACGAGAGGGUGAAAGAGGCAGUCCUGCAAACAAGGGCGGAGACCUGUCAGCUGUACACCCUGUCAUUCGUGUCAACCCCGUCACUGGCCUGAAGAGCGUUUUCGUGAACAAAGGAUUCACCCGUCGGAUCUUGGGCAUCACCAAAGACGAAUCGGAUCUCGUCCUGAACUACCUCUUUAGCCUGGUAUCAGAGAAUCAUGAUCUUCAAGUGCGAUUCCGCUGGUCAACCAACAACAAGCCGGGAAUAGGUGAUGUUGCCAUCUGGGACAAUAGAUCCAAUUAUCACACUGCCACCUUUGACUAUGGCAGGUCAUUGCGCGUUGGCGACCGCGCGGUCUCCAUUGGUGAGAAGCCGUACUUUGCCCACGACGGAAAGGAGCGUCGAGAGUCUUUGGGUCUGCCGUCGUGGCACCAAUAAAGGGGUCCCGGUCAGAAGUUGUAAUGGCUUAAACAGAACUGUCGAUCGAGCCAGAUGCAUCAGAUCUGAAGCAUCUUCACUCCCUCCGGUACCGGUAGAGGACGGAGCUCGGUGGCAUCGGCGUGUAGCCACACAUGGGCGACGGACCUGCUGACCGUCAAGAGCCUCUCAUCAUGGAACCU